AUGCUUGUUACAAAACUCUCAUUCUUUCACUCUUUCACGCACACUCUCAUUUCCUUUAUUCAACAAUGGCGGCAACUACACAGGACGAUAACCCACUCCUGAAGGACUUCGAUUUCCCUCCUUUCGAUGCGGUGGAAGCGAAGCACGUGCGCCCGGGGAUCCGCGGCCUCCUCACGAAGCUGGAAGCUGACUUGGACGAACUUGAACGCACUGUUGAGCCCUCCUGGCCCAAACUUGUUGAACCCUUGGAGAAGAUCGUCGAUCGCCUCUCCGUUGUCUGGGGCAUCGUCAACCACCUCAAGUCCGUUAAGGAUAAUUCCGACCUCCGUUCCGCCAUUGAAGAUGUUCAGCCGGAGAAGGUUAAGUUCCAGCUUAGAUUAGGGCAAAGCAAGCCCAUUUACAAUGCCUUCCGAGCCAUUCAGGAGUCUCCUGAUUGGAACACAUUGAGUGAUGCUCGCAAGCGUAUAGUUGAAACACAAAUAAAGGAGGCGGUUCUUAAUGGAGUUUCUCUUGAAGAUGACAAAAGAGAGCAAUUUAACAAAAUUGAACAGGAACUAGAAAGGUUAUCACAAAAAUUUGAGGAGAAUGUUUUGGAUGCAACAAAAAAGUUUGAAAAGCAAAUCACUGAUAAGAAAGAGAUUGAAGGAUUACCUGCUACUGCUCUUGGGUUGGCGGCUCAAAGUGCAGUGUCUAAGGGACAUGAAAAUGCUUCGGCUGAGAAUGGACCAUGGGUUAUCACAUUGGAUGCUCCAUGUUUUAUUGCUGUAAUGCAACAUGCUCGUAAUCGUUCUUUGCGUGAGGAAGUCUACCGUGCAUAUGUUACGCGUGCUUCAAGUGGAGAUUUGGAUAAUACAGACAUAAUUAAUCAAAUUUUAAAGCUUAGGCUGGAAAAGGCCAAGCUUCUCAAUUACAACAACUAUGCUGAGGUUAGCAUGGCUACCAAAAUGGCAACUGUUGAUAAAGCAGAAGAACUUCUGGAAAAGCUUCGCAAAGCUUCCUGGGAUGCUGCCGUGCAAGAUAUUGAAGAUCUUAAGGAAUUUGCCAAAAGUCAAGGUGCAGCUGAAGCUGACGAUUUGACACAUUGGGACAUCAACUUUUGGAGUGAGAGGCUACGUGAAUCAAAGUAUGAUAUUAAUGAGGAAGAACUACGCCCAUUUUUCUCUCUCCCAAAGGUUAUUGAUGGGCUCUUUAACCUUGCAAAAACUCUUUUUGGUAUUGAAAUUGAGGCAGCUGAUGGCCUAGCCCCGGUUUGGAAUAAGGAUGUCAGGUUCUUCCGUGUUAAAGAUUCUUUAGGUAGUCCAAUUGCAUACUUCUAUUUUGACCCAUACAGUCGUCCCUCUGAAAAAAAACAAGGUGCAUGGAUGGAUGAAGUUGUUGCUCGUAGUCGUGUAUUAUCACAUGAUGGUAUCUCGCCAAGGUUACCUGUUGCCCACAUGGUGUGCAAUCAAACACCACCAGUAGGGGACAAGCCUAGCCUAAUGACAUUCCGUGAGGUUGAGACCGUCUUCCAUGAAUUUGGUCAUGCACUACAACACAUGCUUACCAAGCAGGAUGAGGGUUUGGUUGCUGGUAUUCGAGGGAUAGAGUGGGAUGCUGUUGAGCUACCUUCUCAGUUCAUGGAAAAUUGGUGCUAUCAUAGAGAGACUCUAAUGGGUAUUGCAAAGCACUUUGAAACUGGGGAGUCUCUCCCCGAAGAUGUAUACUUGAAGCUUGUUGCAGCUAGGACUUAUCGUGCUGGGUCUCUAAGUCUUCGGCAGUUAAGAUUUGCAACUGUAGAUCUAGAGCUUCAUACAAAAUAUGUUCCUGGAGGACCAGAAUCCAUCUAUGAUGUUGACCGGAGAGUUUCUGAGAGAACACAAGUGAUUCCUCCACUGCCAGAGGAUAGGUUUCUUUGCAGUUUUAGCCACAUAUUUGCAGGUGGAUAUGCAGCUGGAUAUUACAGUUACAAGUGGGCUGAGGUGUUGUCUGCAGAUGCUUUCUCUGCAUUUGAGGAUGCUGGGUUAGAUGACAUCAAGGCUGUUAAAGAAACAGGGUGCAAGUUCCGGGAGACGAUUCUUGCUCUUGGAGGCGGCAAGGCACCCCUAGAGGUGUUUGUGCAAUUCCGGGGACGAGAACCAACACCGGAUGCAUUGCUCAGGCACAAUGGCCUAUUGUCAGCUGCAGCUUGAGUAUAGUAUCUAAUGUUUGGUGAAGAUCGGAGGCAGAACAUCAUGUUAUUUUAUCACCAAUACAUGAGAUUUGGAGAUGGCUUGUUUCACACUGCCAUAUCAAAUCUGUGCAACUGAACAAAAAGUAACCUUUACUUACCUUAAUCUAUCAGAAAACAUCAAUAAAAAAGUCCAAUUGUCAUUGAUAA